GCCAUAAGACCCGCCCCUUCCCGCUCGCCCCUUGGCCGAGACUCAGCAGCGUAGUCACCAAUCCGCUCAGCUCUAAGGAGCGCAGGGCCGAAGGACACAGCCAAUGGGCUCAAGGGUUACGGUCUCCCGGAUACGGGUGUAAACAGCGGGCCAGGCGGUCAGCGGCGGAGUAACGGUCUCGGAGCCAUCCUGGAGUCCGGCGGGUGCCUCCUGCCUCCCGGCUGAGAGAAAGACAAGCCAUGGCGCAAGGCCGAGAGCGAGAAGAGGGUUCCUCAGGCGCAAGUCUGUCCGUGAGAUGGGUGCAAGGAUUUCCCAAGCAGAAUGUUCAUUUUGUCAACGACAAGACCAUUUGCUACUCCAGUGGGAAUUAUGUAAUAUUCAUUAAUAUUGAAACCAAGAAAAAGACUGUGCUCCAGUGUAUGAAUGGAAUUGUGGGCGUCAUAGCAACUAAUGUUCCUUAUGAAGUUGUGGCUUUUUCUGACCGGAAGCUAAAACCCCUCAUCUACAUAUACAACUUUCCUGGAUUGACCAGAAGGACCAAAUUAAAAGGCAAUGUUCUCCUGGACUACACGUUGCUGUCGUUCAGUUACUGUGGCACCUACCUGGCCACUUAUUCCUCACUCCCAGAAUUUGAACUGGCUCUCUGGAACUGGGAAUCGAAUGUCAUCUUGUGCAAAAGAUCACAACCUGGAGUGGAUGUGAGCCAGAUGUCUUUCAAUCCCAUGAACUGGCAUCAGCUUUGCCUGUCAAGUCCAAGUACAGUGACUGUGUGGACCAUUGAAAGAAGUAAUCAGGAACAUUAUUUCAAAGAAAAAUCGGUAAAGCUACCUCUAGAAGAUGGUUCAUUUUUCGAUGAAACAGAUGUGGUUUUCCCCUCAACUGUGCCCAAGGAUCCCAUCUAUGGGCCAGUGCUGCCACUGUCAGCCAUUGCCGGACUGGUCGAUGAAGAAGCACAAACAUUCAGGCCAAAAGAUGAUCUGUAUCCUUUGCUUCACCCAACUGUUCAUUGCUGGACUCCAACAAGUGAUCUGUAUGUUGGCUGUGAAGAGGGCCAUCUUUUGAUGGUUAACGGAGAUACCCUGAAGGUGACUGUGCUUAAUAAGAUGGAAGAAGAGCCAUUGGAUGGAAGAAAUCUUAUCAGUCCAGUCACCAUGGUAUAUCAGAAGGAGGGCGUGUUUGCUUCUGGAAUUGAUGGCUUUGUGUAUUCGCUUAUUAUUAAAGAUUCAAAUUACAGAAUUGAGAAUUUUCUUGAGAUUGAGGAGCCUGUGGGCCAUUUGAUGUUUUCUCCUAGUUACAAAAUGUUGCUGAUUCAAACAGACAAGGGAUCUGUUUAUAUCUACACUUUUGGAAAAGAGGCAAACCUGGAUAAGAUACUAGAUGCUUGUGAUGGGAAUUUUCAGGCAGUUGACUUCAUUACACCUGGAAACAAGCACUUCAUGACACUCACACCUUCUGGGGAAGUCUGUGUUUGGUGGAUGGAGGAGUGUGUCUGUGCAAGCAAGAUUUAUCUGAAUACCCCAGCAACAUCUCUGGCCUGCUCUCCCUCCUCCUUCUCUGCUGCUGUGGGGACUGUGGAUGGCUGCGUCCACUUCCUAAGCGUCCUUGACAUAGAAUCCCCUAAGGAGAUUCACAACGCCUUCCUGUCCGAGUCUUCUGUAGAGCACGUCACCUAUGACCAGCGGGGAUUGUAUCUGUUGGUUGGAACAUCUGAAGGAAACAUCUUUGUUAUGAAUGCCAGCCCCUCAAGCUCAUUUCAAAUCCUUGGUUUUACAGAGGUGGGCAAAGACAUUUUACAGAUCUCCACAGUGUCUCUCUUGGAAACAGAGAGAGUGAAAGUGCUGGUGCUUUACCCACAUCCGGAAACGGGAAGAAGCAGGUUGGAAAUAUUCACGUUGCCUAGACCACUACCAGAAGUGCUUGCAAGCUGUGCUGAUGAAAGAGGGAGGCUGAGAGAUGAGUUCAUCUGCAAGAACCUGUAUGAGUUGGAGCACUCUCUGUCCUCUGCAGUCUUGGAAUUUCAAAGUAACCGAAUAUAUGGCUUCUGUGACCAAGUGCCAUACAUCUGUAGCUAUCUUCUUCCUAAGAAAGACCAUAAUGAUGUUCAUGUUCUUAAACCAUUCCAAAAAGUACAAAGCAAGCAUUAUGGCCCCGGAAUGCUUUUUCUGUCUUCACAUGGACUAUGGGUCAUAACAAUAGCUAAAUGUGGCAUUCUGUGCAUCCGAGAUGUUUAUACUUUGGAAACAUUUGCUCGAUGUCGGAGUCAUUCUCACCAAGGUCAUGGGAUUCAAUCAAUGAGGAUUUCAAUAGAUGGACAAAGCAUCCUGGUGAAUGGGCAAGAUGAUGGCACACUUGUCUUCCUCAAAUGGAAGCGAUUUGGAGGAAGCUUAGCCACUGACACUGCUGAGUAUUUCCAGCAAUUAUUCAGUUCUCUGAGUAGCACCAUGGAAGAGGAGAAUGAUUAUUUAUUAAAUCAACAAAGAGUUUCUAUAGACAUGGAACACGAAUCUGAACACACAGUAUCUCAGAGUAAGUCAAGCACCGACACGUUGUCACAAGAGGAAUUAGACAUACCAAAUGAUGUGAAGAAAAUUCCCUGGAUACAACAAAAAACACAAGAGGCCAUCAAAAAAGAGGUUAAGUUGUUUUCCCAGAAAAGAAAAGAGAUAAAAACAAGAAUCAGAGCACUUGCUAAGACUAUUCAAGAUAUGAUGGAAGAAAAUGAACAAGUAGAUGAUAUUGCAAAAUUAGACCAAUAUGAAUUUGGCCUGGAUCUUGAGGAAUUGGAAAGGCUUCAUGAUGAAAAUGAGGAAGAAGUGGCAAAGAUGAAAAAGGAUGUAGAGAUGCAUAACCUGGCCAAGAGCUAUCUGGCUGAAAUUAUCAAGGAAGAAUGCUGGAAUUCUAUGGUUGUGAAAGGUCGAUCUCUUAAGUGCUUCCACAUCCCUUGUGUAGUUGAGAACUUCCCAAUGAAGGAACGUUCACCUGAAGAAAUGGAAGAAUUGAAGCGAGUUUUGCAGCAAAAGAAGACUGAAGCAGAGUGUCUUAAAUUACAGAAGGAAAUUGUAGAGGUCCAGUCUGCAGCUGCAUUGGUUAAAAAGCAUCAUGAAGAAGAUGAUGAAGAAGAGGAAGACGAAAAUAAGCCAGUAAAAGAUACCAACUUGCCCAAUUAUCUGCUCGGAAGUUUAAGUACUGAUUUUGGGGUAGAUAUUUCUAUGUUAUCGAGCCAAUUGGAACUUCAUUCCAGAGAAGAGAAAGUCAACCAAAUUGUAUUACUGAAAGAUAUCAUCUACAAGGUAAAAACUGUUUUCAAUCAUGAGUUCGAUGCUGCAUAUAAACAAAAAGAAUUUGAAAUCGCUCGUGUGACAGAAAGAAAUAUUAGAAUUAAAGAAAUUAUUAGAGAUCUGGACUUGGAUGAAACAGUCUGGCAACCAGAAUUUGACGACUGUGAGAAGCCAGAAAGAACUCUGGUGGUGUCGGUUGAUGAGAUUAAAGCUCACAGACAUGUUAAACCAUGGCAAAAAGCCAAAGCAGAAGUCACUGCGACCCAAGAAAUGGAACGACGGUUUCAGAUACGGAGUGCAGACAUAAGACACCGAGCCCUGAUGGACAUGAUGGGAGGUGUUCUGGAAGUCAAGAAGGAAGAUAUUUUGAAAAUGGCAAUCCCUCAGCCUGCUUUCAUGGCAAAGCCUGAUGCUGUGUGGACUGAAGAGGAAAGGAAACAAUUCAAAGACUAUGAGAAAAAAGUCAGAGAGUUAAAUGAAGAAAGAGAUAAGUACAGAAAGUCAUUAGAAGCAGAAUUGAAGAAACUUCAAAACUCUAUUCAAGAAAGCACACAGAGCUUUGAUGAUCAUUUGAAAAAACUGUUUGAAAGAAGAGUCAAAGCAGAGAUGGUCGUCAAUCAGGAAGAAUUGAAAAUAAAUAAUCUUGUUUUUUCUCUACUGUUGGAUGAAGAAUUAAACUACAGAGAGCUAUUUCUGAACAACUAUCUCACAAGGAAACAGGAAGAGAAAAUCCAGACCACAGAAGCCAUUCAGAAAUCUCGAGAGGGACUCGAAAUGUGCAAGGAGCACUAUGACAACUUACUGGCGGAAGACAAAGUUCUGGAUCGCAGCUUUAAAAAGGAGUUUUCUGAAAUUCCCAGUCAUCAAGUGGACAUACUCUACAAGCUUUUUAAACGCCGUCCAAGGAUUCACAAACAGAAACCACAUUCGGAUACAACCAGUAUUGUCUCUUUUGGAGAACGACCAGGAUCUGCCAAAUCGAACAUGGAACAUCAUGCCCAGCUAAUGAAAGCCAUGGAUGAGCUGGACAAUAUCAGUAACAUGCCAGAAGGCUUGGACCCUCUGGUCUGGGAUCACUUCUGUGUAACAAGACGAGCAAAAGUAGAAAACGAACAGAAGGUGAAACAGAAAGCAGCUGGCCUGGUCGAAAUGGCGGCUUUCCUCCGGAAAAGAGUAGAGGAUGAUGAGAAAGUGCAACAGGACAUUGACAGGGUCUUCCAAGAACUCAUUCUAUUGCAGGAGGAGAAAGUAAAAUUCCACUUGGAUCUGAUGAUCCAAAUUCUACUCAAACAAGGACAAGUGGAACUGGAGAAUUUCCAGCUAAUGCUAGAAUAUUCGGAUGCAAUUCUCAUCAAUAAGAAUAUAAUUGAAGACUUGAAUUCUGUGAUUCGGACUCAGGGACAAAAGAAAAUUGCCAGCAUGAUGGAAAGUAAAGAAGUACAUAAGGGGAUAUUUCAGAUUGAAUGGGAGCACAAAAAAAUGGAGAUGGAAAUGGAAGAUUUAAACCAGAAGGCUUGGGAUAUUCAGAUGCUGUUUUUUUCAAGAGAUCGUCAAAAGUACCUAAACGAACCGCAGUAUGAGACUCUGAUUGCUAUUCAAAUUGGAAUAAUGGAGCAAACCAUUGAUGUUUUAGAUAAGACCCACAAGAAGAAUGUGGAAAAUUGCAAAAGGUUACUGAAGAAAUUGUUAAAAUUCAGCAAUCAAAAAGAUAUAGCAAAUUUCACACUAAGCUGCAAUCUACGAGAAGAGCUGGUAGCUGUCUCAGAGAGGCAAGGCAUCUGCAACUCAAUAGGCUCUAAACUGACUUGUGAAAAGAUUGCCAAAGAACGAUAUGACAACAUGAUUCAACAACAGAAGUUGACAAGUAUUUCAAAACAACAGGCUGCACAGAUUUCCAUACUACAGGCUGAAGUUGAAAGAUUAAGGAUGAAAACAUUCCCUGCUCUUGUUCCAAUGUGA